GUCGUUGUGGUCGUUGUACGUGCAUCGUGAAAAAAACAUCGCGGAUUUUUUGGGUUUGUAUUCGGUCGCAUCAGGUCGGAAAGUGUUACGCCACACAACAUUUAGCGAUCGUUUUUGCUGCAUUGGUCGGCGCUUCGAGUUUCGCUAUGUCAAAGAAAAGUCCUCCCUACACUGAUAUAAAUGACCACAGCAAUUCUCACACCGAGGAAGAGGUUCUUCCGGAUAACGAAAUUGCAAGAGAAAUAAGCGCGUCCCAAGAAAGUCAGCCCGAAAAAGCUGAAACACUCGAAUACACGGAUGGACAAAUCGAAAACGGUGAUGAAGAUCAUGUUUUGUUUUAUCUUUACACCAAAAAAAAUCCGCUCAAUCCACAAAUGCUCGCAAUCAAUUCAUUACAAUGCUUGCGGAAUAGCAAUUUCGAAGGGGGUAAAUCAACGGUUUUCAUAACUCAUGGAUGGAUGAGGUCUGGCAACGGUGUAUCUUGUAUGACCAUCCGUAAUGCUUAUUUAGCCGGUUCGGAGGCGGUAAACGUGAUAGUGGUGGAUUGGAGCUCGUUCAGUGUAUCGCUUUACCACUGGUCGGUGGAAAAGGUGGAAAUGGUUGGAACCCAAAUAGCUCGGAUGAUCGAUUACUUGCGAGUAAAUGCCAAUUUAAAACUCAGUAUGACAACACUCGUCGGUCACUCGUUAGGUGCCCACGUAAUGGGAGUUGCUGGGAGAAAAGCAAACGGCGUGAUCAAUCAAAUUUUCGGUUUGGAUCCGGCUCGUCCAUGGUUCAAAGACCCGAACAACACGAUUCGGUUAUCAAGCGACGCUGCGAGAAACGUGCAAGUUAUUCACACGAAUGGAAACCAAUGGGGUUUAAUGGAACCGCUCGGUCACGCGGAUUUUUACCCCAAUGGAGGCAGGAGACAGCCAGGCUGUGCCGCCGCCGAUUUUUUUUCACACGGCGCUUGUUCACACAGGCGAGCUUUUCUCCUCUUCGCGGAGUCGCUCAAUUCUCCAGUGGGUUUCAAAGGCGUGAGAUGCGGGCCGGAUGAAAAUUCAUUGAAAGGCGAAUGUCGAGGAAACGUUGGCAUCAUGGGAGGCCGUUCGAAUUGGAUACACAAAAACGGACUCUUUUAUCUCAAAACGGGUAAAACUCCGCCUUACGCAUACACGUUGCAAAUUCCAAGAAAUUAAAAAUCCAUCUUAAACCAAAGAGAUGAAGGUUUUUCGUUCGAGUUCACGGAUUCGCGUGUGAGAAUGGCAAAUAUUUAAUGAAUUUGUGUGAAAAUUUCGUUAAUCUUGAACUAGUUCUCAGACGAUAACGAAUUUUCUUUUCAAAUGUGUGACGUGUUCCGAUGAACCAUUAAUCAAGAGACGCGGUAGCGGCUCGACGCCAAGUAUUAAAAGUCUCAUUUUUUUUUAUUUCCAAAAUUCAGAAUUCCUACAGGAAACGUAAUUC